AUGGAGAACAUGCUCAAAUGCGCAUGGCAAGAUCGACAGUCAGACUGUGGAUGCGGAUCCCAACCGCCACUUCUUGCCGAAUCAUUCUUCGCGUUCACGUGGGGACAUGGCGGCGACAACCACAUCAAGGAAAGCGCUACGGGCAUUGAUGUCGUUAUUGUCGGUGCUGGGUUCGGAGGGCUUACCGCUGCCGUGGAAUGCCAUAAACAGGGCCACAAUGUGACAGUCUACGAAUCUUUCCCGGCUCUCAAAGUCCUUGGAGACAUUAUCAGCUUCGGCCCAAAUGCUGGUCGUAUUAUCACGCGCUGGGGAUCCGACGGCUCGAUCGCCAAAGAAAUGCGCAAAGUAUCCAUCGAUCUGCAGGAAUAUGGCUUCAACAUCCACAAAUGGACCGGCGAACUGAUGUGCAACCAAGCCAGUCCUCCACGGGAUGAGAGCGCUCCGAUGUUCAAUGGCCACCGCGGAGAGCUGCAUGAAAUCCUGUUCAACCACGUGAAGGACGACUUGGGUGUGCCAAUUCAUCUUGGAAGCCGCGUCACUGGGUACUUUGAGAACGAGGACCAUGCGGGGAUAACUCUUGGUGGUGCUGACGGUGAAGAGGACCGCAAAGUCACGGCUGACAUUGUGAUCGGCAGUGAUGGCGUCCGCUCUAAGGCGCGUGAACUUGUUCUCGGUUACACAGAUGCUCCAAAGUCAAGUGGCUACGCCGUUUUCCGUGCGUGGUUCGACGGCAAAGACAUGCUUGCUGAUCCCGAAACGAAGCGCUUUUGCGAGAAUGGCGACACCUUCAAUGGAUGGAUUGGUCCUGAUGUCCACUUCCUGUUCUCGACAAUCAAGAAUGGCACCGACUGCUGUUGGGUUUUGACGCACAAGGACGACGCGGACAUCGACGAGUCGUGGUCUUUCCCAGGCAAGCUCGAAGAUGUGUACAAGGUCUUUGAGGGAUGGGACCCACUGUGCAAGAAGAUUGUCAGCAAGACGCCCGAGGAGCGGAUAGUGGACUGGAAGCUGGUCUACAGAGAUCCCUUGCCGACCUGGAUCUCCAAGGGCAGGCGGAUUGCCCUCCUAGGAGACAGCGCACAUCCUUUCCUGCCGACGAGCGCGCAAGGCGCGACCCAGGCUAUGGAGGACGGUGUCAGCAUCGCAGUCUGCUUGAGGAGGAGUGGGAAGGAUGGUAUCAGAGAGGCCGUGGGAGCUUAUGAGGAUAUUCGGUACGAACGAGUUAAGGCCGUGCAGAAGACUGGCGAAACGACCCGCGACAUGUGGCACAAAGCCGACUGGGAGAAGGUAAAGGAAGAUCCUACAGCCAUCCACUUUCCCCGUCAAGAUUGGAUCUUCGAGCACGAUGCCGAGAAGCAUGCCGAGGAGGUCUACGACGAGACUGUUGCUGCAAGAAAAGAGCGCGAAAGCGCAGCCGAGCCCAAAGAAACCCCAGCGGCAGUGGAUGCGCCCAGGAUCGACAGCGAGCAGCAGCAGCAGCAAGAGAAGGGCGUCACAAUCGCAGCGGUUCGAGAGCUGGCGAUCAGUGCUUAA